AUGUUGACAACAUCUCCCAUCAUCGCCAGCUCCGCCAAUGCCUCGCCCAACAGCUUCCACUAUGCCCCUACGCGAUCAUCCCCGCACUCGUCUCCUGCCCGGCUUUCGGCCCCUCUGCCGCGGCGGCACUCUGCAUCCAAGUCCUCCCCAUCCGCCACAAUGACCUCACCCUCCUCCCAACCACGCCCGCGACAAUAUGUAGCUGUCGACGCCGGCACUCAAUAUUCCCCCAUGGAGUCCUCGACCCAACAGCAGGCACAAGAUGCCCCCGUUGAUGUCGCCAACGCUCCGCGCACCUCGGUGCCCGCGACGCCUGUCGAACCCCCACAAACGCCGCGUCCCCAGCCGAUAGACCCGUCCGCACCGCACUCGCCGCCGGCAACGCAAUCACAACCGCACCCGCAACCCCAGGCCGUCGUGGCCCCCGUCAUCCGCGAUGCCUCGGCUAUCAUUGCAUCACCUGGCAAGCGGCGAAACUCCCAAGACCCGGCUGCCGCGCAGGCUGCGAGCGCGUCCGUCGCAGGCGAGUCGUCGUCGAGCGCCGCCAAGCGCCCGAAGCCCACGGCUGGCCCGCCGAAAAUCCUGCCGCAGCGCUAUGAGUUUUGCGGCGUCGAGGACAUGGUUGUUCUGAUAUCGCACAUGCUCUCUGAGCUGAUUGAGACCAACGACGCUCUCGCCCUUCGCUCCGGGAGCCUGACUCGGUUUCAUUCGAGAACCGCACCAAGCAUCUCGGUCCUUGAAUACCUCAACAGAUUAGCCAAGCAUGCGACGCUGACGCCGCCUCUACUGCUAUCUAUGGUUUACUACAUCGACCGUCUAUGUGCAUUAUAUCCGGAAUUCACAAUUAACACACUUACCGUUCAUCGUUUCUUAAUAACGGCUGCCACGGUUGCGGCCAAAGGCCUGUCAGACCUGUUUUGGAACAACACGACGUACGCGCGGGUAGGAGGAGUGAGGGUCGCCGAGCUCAAGUUGCUGGAGCUUGAGUUUCUUUACAGAGUAGACUGGAAAAUCGUACCAAACCCUGAGGUCCUUGUGGCAUAUUAUCGCGGCCUCGUCGAGCGCUGCCCUGGCUACGCGCUACAAGAGGAGGAGGCAGUGGACGAGGACGAAGAUUUUGAUGCUGUUGAUGACGACGGGUCGACGGAAAUUUCAGAUGGCGUCGGUGACGACAGUGGAGACUCGCCGGAGGAGGACAGCCCGGCCAAGUCUGCACAUGGCGAAGACGCAGUAGGGCCGUCGCAGGCUGCGUAA